GAGAGUGGAUGGCAUGGAGACUAUUAUUCAAAUAUCACACGAGAAAGAAAACACCAGAACUUGGAAGCUGGAUAUGGUGAAAUGAGUAGGAAAAGAAAUUUUUCCAAAGAGAUGACACUAGAAAGUGAUCAGACAAUCAGUAAGGAAAGUAAACGUAGUAAAUUUGAUGUUGAUAAGAAGGGUAAAGUGCCAGUUAAAGAUAGUGCUGCUAAAAUACCAGUGAGAGUUCCAGAUGAGGGUAAAACAAACAAGUGUAAAAUUUCAGGAAACAGGCAAGUCAGAGAAAGCAAAGAUCCAUUGGAGGAAAUUAGAAAACUGAAGAAGAUCAUAGAGGACUUAAAAUUCAGAAAUGAAAAGGCCUUGACAAAAGAGAUUGCAAGAAGAUUGAAAGUAGAAAGUGUUUCAAGGAAAAGAGAAAUUAUUUUGGCGCAAAUUUUAGAUCACAAUCAGAAAAUGAAGAGGCAAGUAAAGGAAAGUGAUGUUGCACUCACAUUAAUAGAAAGGGAGAGGGAAAGGAUUAAUCAGCUCUUGUUAGAGAAUGAACGUGCACUAGUAGAAGCUGCAAGAACAAAGGAAAAAUUCUCUAGAAGUGUGGAGGAAAAAGACAAAGCUCUGGAGAACAACCAAAAAGAGCUAGAGGAUUUUAAGGUGGAUUUAAAAAGAAAGGAAGAAACUCAUGAAAAAGAAAUUGAGAAAUAUAUGGGUGAGGUUUCAAGUAUGGAGAAAGAAGUAGGUACAUUAAAAUUAUGUUUGGCAAAGAGGGAAGAAUUACAUGAAAAGGAUUUUGCUGCAGCCAAUGAAAUACUCAGAGAGAAAGAAAAAGCUUUGGAGAAUUUACAGUGUGAAAAAAAACGCAUAUGUGGAAAAAUCAGAAAUAAGGGUGAAGAAUUACUGUCAAUGAAAAAAGUGAUAAUAAAGGUCCGAAAUUCCUUAAUAGAGCAGAGGGAGGAACUUUCUGUGUACCAGGUAGAAAAGAGUCCAGGAAAUGAGGAAAGGAUAAAUAGCUUAAUAGAGACUGUAACCACAGAAAAGGGUAGAAGUGUCUGUGGAGAAAAAUAUAAUGCCAAGGCACUGAGUCUGGAAGAAGCAAUUAAUAAUCUUGAUUGCAUCAUGCAGGACAUCAAGGAUCAGUUUGCAUCCCUAGAGGAUGAAUUAUCUAAAAUAGAUGGAUACAAAUUCAAGCUGAUUCAGGAUAUGGUGGGAGAGAAAGAGAGUCUACAGAAUACUCUGAAGUUGCAGCAGGAAAGGUUAAAUGAGACUGUAGCAGAACAUGAAAACUGUAGAACAGAAAUAGAGAUUUUAAGUGACUCGCUAGCUUCUGAGGUAGAGAAGUCUAAAAAAGUGUUGGAGGAAGCACAGACUAAGUUGGAACGAAAGGAACAGGAGGCAGAGGCUCUCACUGAAUUAAAAAAACAAUUAGAAGCAGAACUAGAAACAAAUAAAAAACAUUGCACAUUAUUGAUUGAGAAGGAAAGUUAUUGGAAGCAACAGCUAAGUAAUGCUCAGAACUGCAUUGAAGAACUAACUGCUGCAAAGAGCUUUCUUGCACAGCAAUUACAGGCUAUUGAUAUAUCUAAGGAACAACUCCGAAAAGAACUUAAACUUGGAAUACCUAAGCAAAAAGUGUGGAACUUAGACCAGGAACUGACAAAAGUGAGUGACUUCAAGAGACAACUUGAGGAAGAAAAGAAAAAGAGCCUAGGUGUUAGUCGCCAUUUGUUGGAGGAAAAGAACAGAAACAAAAACUUACUCCGAAAACUUCAGAGGAAAAAUGAGAAAAACACACGGGACUCAGACCAGCCAUCUCGCUGUACCAGUGAAAGCCAGACAACCAGUUCCCUUGAGGAGGAAAUGUACACCAUUUUGGAAAAUAACAGAAAAGUUCAACUGGCUUUGGAAGCUGAAAGACAGGUAUCAGAAGAUUUCUACAAAGAGUUGUUGCUAGAGAAACGGAAGAACACAUUUUUAAAUGACUGCUUCAAACAUGAGUGCACAGAAUCUUCAAAAGACAUGGAGCACCAGCUCUCCUUUUUUGCUUGGAUGGCUGAUAAGUAUCGUGCUAGGAUGCGAAGAAUGGAUGAGCUGUCAAGUACAGUGCAAGAGUUCACAGAAAAUUUAGGAGACCAGUGAAAUUGUAUUAUUUCUGUAUUUAGAAAUGUAUGAAAUAUUUUUGUAACUAAUUUCGUAGUAAUAAUCAAAGUUCGUAUAUUUUCAGAUUUUUGAAAUGUGAUUGUAAGAGGAUUAAGAGAAUUUCAAUUGCUACAAUUGCUUCAUAAUGGAAAUAUCUUUUGUAAUGUAAUAUAACAUAUAUUUGAGAAGGGAUGAUUAGUUAUUGAUGGUCAGAUUCUAUAACUUUUUCUCCCUUUUUAACUUAUUCCCAUUCCCUCUUCAUUUUUUUCACACCUCAUCUUUUCCUUCCUGCAUUCAAGAUUAAUGGUAAUCAAGAAGCAAAAGAGAAAUGUUUUUGUUGCCUUUUUAUACUACUUAAGUAUAAAGUAUAUAUAUUAAGUUUAUUGAUUAUAUAGAUAUGUGCUAAAGGAAAAGAAUUUGGCCAAGCAUAAGAAUGAAUUACAUUUUUUGUAUUCAAUAUCUUCAGUGUUUUAAAGCCAACAGCUUUCUUUAUAUCUUACAAAAUAAAUAUGAAAAAGUUUCAUUUCUAGCUUUCACUCUUGUCUUAAAAUAUUGAGUUACUUCUGUUGGACAAGAUUUUCAUCACCAAAUGAUUUUCUUGUAAAAGGUUUGACAUAGUAGUUCUACAUAUUUUCCAAAUUAAUGCUUUAUGUGAUUUAUGCAGAACUGUUUCUCUUGCUGUAGUGAAUAAUUUUUUUGGCAGCAAUAAAAGAAUAUGGAAAAAAACACGUGCCAUUAAUUAAGCUGUCAUGGCAUGAACUCUCACCAAAAUAUGCAUUUAUAAUGAGACAAAUGAAUUUUAUUUACGAUGCCUAAUGAUACAACAAUUGGAUUUUCUUCAUUACCAAAGCAUACAUAAAAAGUCUUAAUGGGGCAGUUAACAAUUUUUUUUUUUCUAUUCCAGUCUUGGGAUUCCAAUAUGUAACAAUGUCAAGAGGCAUGUUUUUAUUUGACAUAUA